CGGUUUUGAGACAACGGAUCCGCAUUGUCACUAUGCCACGCUGCCUCAUGGCGAAAAAGUGGAAGUGGAAUCAGUGGCAGGCCCGCGUGGACGAUCAGCAGAACGAGCAGAAGCCAGACGUGACGCCACUCGGGGCUGCCCUGCAGGAACAUCACGCUCUACAUCAGACCGCGAAUGCGAUGGAGAAACGGCCGCACAGGCAUGAGCCCGAGGACGAGGAGAUCGACGUGGUCGGGGACGUCGAUAAUCAUCAGGUCGAGCAUCAGCAGACCUGCUGGGGGCCGCACAGUCCCACGGCGGGGGCCACGGCCCCCAGUCCGCCACCCCUCAAUGCCUCCGGCGCCCUUUACUAUCACGGGUCGAUAAAGAUCAGAGGCGAUAAACCGACAGGAAUGUGCGGAAUGUUCAUUCAAGGCUACACGCAUGAGGCGUGGAUCAAUCACGAGGAGCCGCCCAAGUACGCGACGCUGCGCUCCGCGGCGGAGCUAGCGCGUCCGGUAGCACCGUCGCCGCCACCGCCACCGAUCGCGCAGCACGAACUGCCGGUUCCGGUGCUGCAGACCGGGCCCAAUCUGCAACAAGCGCCGCCGCAUCAGCCGACGGUCAUCGCCACGAGCCCGCCAUCAUCGUCAUCGUCAUCGUCAACGUCGUCCUCGUCCGCCGUAGCGUCGCUAUGCCUGCCACCGCGAAAGAGCCUCUCGAUGUCCUUCACCAGCACCGGCACGGCCCUCUCCUUACCGCCGAAGAAGAAGGACAUCUACCGUCCUUACAGCCUGCAACCGAUCUCGGAGAUACGCACGUCCCCCGAGGAGGAUCUGUCGGCCGCGCAAGCUAUUCUAGAUCUUAGCGCGUCGCCCGCCGCGCCCACGCAUUCCGUUUUUAUUCACACCCUGUCGCCACCGCCACCACCGCCGCCACCACCACCGCCACCCGCCGCCGCCGCCGUUACCGCGGCGCCGAGCGUACCCGAAACGCAACAGCAACAAGAGCAACAGCAGGAGCAACAGCAUCAGCAUCAGCAGCAGCAGCAACAACAGCAACAGCUGCAACCGGUGCCGACGGCGGGUAUACAAUCUAUACCGGUUUCCGUGCUCGUGCCGGUGCCCACGUCGCAGACCAAUCAGCUACGCCAACAGGAGCAAACACCACCGCAGCCGCAGUCGCCUGCGACCGCGGAAGCCACCGGCGGCGGAAACUGCAACGUCGGCAGGGACAGUAGCACCAUCACCACCACCACUACCGGCAGCAAGACUGUCGCCUACACCUACGAGGCCUUCUUCGUGUCCGAUGGCCGAUCGAAACGGCGAGGAGGAGGUGGAGGAGGAGGAGGAGGAGGAGGAGGAGGAGGAGGAGGAGGAGGCGGUGGCGGCGGCGGCGGCGGCGGCAAUGCCGCCAUGCCCGACAAGGAGGCGGCCCAACCGGACAGGCCCAAGUUCACGUGCACCGAGUGCGGCAAGCAAUACGCCACGUCGUCGAACCUGUCGCGGCACAAGCAGACCCAUCGCAGCCUCGACUCGCAGUCGGCGAAGAAGUGCAUCCACUGCGGCAAGGCGUACGUCAGCAUGCCCGCCCUGGCGAUGCACGUGCUCACGCAUAAGCUUGCCCACAGUUGCGGCGUCUGCGGCAAGAUGUUCUCGCGACCCUGGCUACUGCAGGGCCACUUGCGCAGCCACACCGGCGAGAAGCCGUACGGCUGCGCCCACUGCGGCAAGGCGUUCGCCGAUCGCUCGAAUCUGCGGGCGCACAUGCAGACGCACUCGGCCGACAAGAACUACGAGUGCUCGAGGUGCCACAAGACCUUCGCCCUCAAGUCUUAUUUAAACAAACACCUGGAGUCGGCGUGCCUGCGUGACGAGGAGAUGCAGCAGCAGCAGCAGCAGCAGCAGCAGUCGCAGCAUGCCGGCAACAAUGCCACGCAACAGAACACCAAUAGAGGCUUGUAGCAGCGCUUCGAGAAGGAGAACAACGACGCCACGAGGAUCGAAGGCUCCAGAGAGAGCUAGCGGUGUGACCUAUAAUCGCCGUUUGAUUGCAAAGAAGCGCGAGGGUAAGAAGAGCGGAGGAGAGGAUAUAAGGUUUGCCGUAGAUUUUAAGUAGAAAAGUGCCAGUAGAGACAGAAAUGAAAGCUAGAAAGGAAGAGAGAGAAAGAGAGAGAGAGAGAGAAAGAACGAGCGAAAGAGAGAGAGAAAGCGAGAGUGAAAAGGAGACGAGUAGAGAGAGAGUACUAGAAGGAAAGAAAGGGAGCAAGAGAGAGGGAGAGCGUGAGUUUAUUAAUAAUGUCUAACAUUAAUAAAAACGUCCAGUAAUGUUAAGUCGUAAAAAAAAAAAAGAAAACACGUCAAACGAUGACGUCCACACUGCAGAGUCUAGUCACUCUAGUCGAUUAUAUACUUAUUACAUUAUAUGAUAUAUUAUUAUAUUAUAUUAUUAUAUAUAUAUAGUAUAUAUAUAUUUACUAGCGCGUACGAUUCUAGUCCGCGAAGCUCGUUACGAAAACAUUAUUUAUUAAUACUUAGCUGCCUAAAUUUAAAAAUGAAACGGGGAGUGAAGCAAGAGAUCCAGGAUUCGCCAGACCGAUGAUAUGGAUCCACCAAUCGCGGUUCACGAGCCGCGCUCGUCGAAUCCCGAUCACGGCGCGGCCUCGAUCCUCCAUCAUUUCGCGAUCGACGAUCGAGGCCGACGCACCGUAAAUCAUCGUGAUACAUCGUGAAACGCGCAGGUGUGAUCGACGACCGCAAUACGCGAUCAAUUGUCAAAGCGCUACAUUCUAUUCGGACGAUUGCAAACGAAGGAAAAAAAAAAUCACUAUUUCCCGGAACUAAAUAAACGAGCCGUUUUUAGAGAACGGCAGAAAAACUACGGAAUCGAUCGAGGAACUAUCUGUUGCAGUUCGUCAAUACUUUAAGUGUCGUCGAUUUCAAAGCGACCAUUACUCUUGGGACAAGCUAAGUAUUUCCGAGUAUCAGCUAAGUGGUUCCAAUAAUUGCGCCACGGUUGAUAUAACAAUGUUAAUGCGGUUGUUUGAAGGUACUUGCGCUAAAAAUUGCCGAGAGUAAAAGGGGGUUAACAGCCGUUCGCAGUAGACGUUCCUCUUAAUAUUUCAUAUUGGGUUUGAGCCAUUGGGAUGGAGAAACGAUGAAAACCUAUAGCUAAUCGAUAAAGUGCGGUAACCAACGGCUGCACGCGGCCCGCGUUAUCCCCGAUAAAACGCGAAAACGGGUAUGUUUCAAGAGAUUCUGAAAAAUAUAAUACGCGCCUUCACGGAAACCGUUGUUCCCUCCUCAUUUUUCAAUGUCGCGGGCCAAAUCGUCGACCCACACCUGCGUAUUUCGCACGAUUAUGCGAUUUACGCGCCACGUGUAACCGGUAGCACGCGUCGGGGCUCUCGGUCACGAAACGAGCGACUAAAUAUCGUGACGUCGAAUCGGCGGCGAAAGAAAGGAGAAUCGACGGCGCGAAAUGUCGCUGCGGGAAGGGGAGGGGGGUAGUCGCUCGCGCAAAUCGACCGGUUGCGAUCGCGGGCGCGCAAACGUAAACGGAGACUCAUACACCAUUACGUACUUAGAGCAAAAUUCGAGUAAUAGAUGCGUAACAUUGUUAUACACAUAUUUUAUAGAAGCAAUAUAAGGAAAAAAAAAAUGACGACACGUACGGUCAAAGCAAUGUUUCGACACAACGAAUUAUAUAAUUAUACAUAUAGAGGCGGACACAUCGAAGUUUAACAAAGUCUCGAGCAAGAACCGACGAUAUGCUUAGGCAUGAUGGAGAACGAUCGCCCAAUCCACACCCCUUGGUCUAGCUUUUGUUUUAAAGGUCGCUAUAGAGGAUCUUGAAAACGUCAAAUCAGUAUUGAUUUUUUAAAAUAGUAAUAAUUUAUUUUAAACAUUAAAAAAAAUCUCAUUCGAUGAUACUUUUUAAAGCUAUAUUUUACUGUGUAUUUAUGGAUCUCCGUAUUAUUUACAAUAAUAAUACGGAUUGCUCCUAUUGAUAUCAACUGAUAAUAUCACAUAAACCAAAUUAAUAAAUUUUAUUCAGCGCAUUCUACUAAUUGCAUAGGUCAUGUCGCAUUGAGUAUUUAAUCACGUUUACGAAAAAAGCAUUAAUCACGUUUGCGUGAUGAAUAUAUACAGCAGAUGCUGGUCUACAUAUUGAAUUAUGUUAUCGGAAUAAAUUUGUUGUUUACAUCCAUAAUUCAGUCAACGUAUUGUGUUAUGCCACAAUUGUGAAACCGUAUGAAAGACAAUUAUUAAUUUAUCCAUGACAAUUAAUUGAUUUUUCUACACAUUCAAAAUGGGGGAUGAAAUUAAUAGUGUAUCGCGAAAUGAAAAUAAUUUUAUAUGGUUUUUUCCAACGAACAAGAAUAAAAUCGCAAUAAACGCGAUCGGAGGGGUGUGGACUACACGCUUCACGUCGCCCAGUGGAAAAAAAAAUAAUGAAACUAAUAAUAACAAUUAUUACGGCCGAUGCGGGUGAUCUGCCCGAUCAUUCUAUUUUUUUUUUUGCAACGAUCACAUUGUGGAAGAGCAACAAUGUAUUUUGCAUGUAUAAUAAAAAGAACCUCGCCGCCAAAAGUUGCAGGGAGAACAGAAGGAACAAUAUUUUUCGCAUAGCUCGUUCCGGACCGGAUCGAGUCUCAUUAGAAUCGGCCGACAAUGCUUGACGCGCAAUGGAGCUUCGUUCGAUUCCUUUUUUUUUUCCUGUUUUUAAUUUUAUCUCGCGCGGCACUAGCCACUUAAUAAAUACGCCAUGCUGCUAUUAACGCAUAUGUAGGCAUAUAAAUAUACGGCUGUAGAGCAAUAAACGAUUAAGCAAUACUAAUUCAUUCGCGUAGCAUACAACGAAAAUCCGCAAUAAUGCGCAUUGUUCGCCCGACUUACGUAAGUCUCAUCAUUUUCCUUUGGCUGUUUCGUUCAUACGUUUUUGCGUUCGUCAUCGCUUUAUUGUAUCAUUCGUUUGUGUCGUUCAUUCUUCGUUCUGCGCUUAUUUCUUUGUAUAUAGUAGAAAAUAUUGUUGCUUUCUUACGAUUCUAUAGUCAUGGUGUCAUAAUUAUUUGUUCCUGUAUUUAAUUAUCGACAGGUUGUCGAGAUAUUGAAAAGCAUGUAAAAUAAUAGAUAUUACAUUGCGCAAUGUUACACACGGGAACUUAUCAAUUUUAGACUAUUUUUAUGAACUGUCGCAGAUUUUCAUCUUGAAGCCAUUCUGUCCUUGUGUUCCGCAUGUGUCAUACAUUAAUCUCUUGACAACCUCGUCGUAUAUUAUUGUCAUUAUAAUAUUAAUAUUAUUAUUGUAUUUAUUAUUUAUUAUUUAUUAUUAUUGGAUUAGCAUAUUUGUAUUAUUAUUAUUACUAUUAUUAUUAUUAUUAUUAUUAUUAUUAUUAUUAUGCUAGUACAACGAUUCGAUACAACGAUUGAUAUUCAUGUGUUACAAGUAUAAAAACAUGUGCAAUUUUCAUUCUGAUUUGUAAACAAGAAAAUGCCGCCAUUUCGUGCGACAAGCUACUUUAUUUAAGAUAGUCCCGCGGGUAUAGUUAUUAGUCGAUACUUAAACUUCCGGAUCGUGGUAAUAUAUAUGCAUAAUAUACAUUUAUAUAUUAUACGUACACGUAAACAGAACGUCCUCACUGGAAGGCAAAGGUAAAUCCUAAAGCAAUUCUCGACAUUUUAUUAAAAAAGAAAAAAAGUACAGACCAAUUGUAACAAUGAAAAAGUUGCCACUCUAUUUUACAGAAAUUGCUCAUUUUGUCCAUCUUUGUUUUUUAUCUUUGUUUUUCUAUUCCAAAACACUUUUUCUAUAAAUUGGAUUACGUUUUCCAACGGGACAGCUACUAUUUCGAACCGACAAAGAAAGCACGAAUAACAAUCAUGUCAUCAACAAAAAUUCCUCCAUUUUUGCUAAUUAUUUACUGUUUAGUCAAAUUCUAAAUGUCAAUUUAUAGUCACGCAAUACAAUCAAUAUUUAGCGAUCAAAAAUUCGAAUGAUUCGAAAUAAUAAAUUGCAUAUACGCCUUGUUUUUUUUUUUUUUAAGGAUCAUAUUGCUUUCGAUUUUACCGCCGGUCGUGGGACAUCCUGUAUAUAGUCACAACUCAUAGUUCAAGCGUGUAUAAGAGAGAGUGCUCGUCGAACAUAAAUGCCAUUAAAUGGAAAAAAACAAACCGGAGCUUUAAAAGGGAGCUACGAUCGAAAGGGAGCAUAUCCACUUGUUUUCUCACGAUUUGUAGUCGCGCGUAGAAAUUGAACAGCUGUAAAGCGCCGAUUAGCGAGAAGAACGGUCGGUGACUAUAGUCAUAAUUAGCGGACGGCGAGGGUUCGUUGUGGGAAUUGCGUCGGUUCGUUAAACGGUUACCUAGUCAAUUUCUUUCUUAAUUUUUAACGCGAAUUGUUACUCGAGAGAGAGAGACACAAAGGUGAAAAAAAAAAGAGUCGCACCCGCUGCGGAAAAUUUGUUCCCGAUAAUUUAUUUUUUUAAGCCCGUUUAAGCAUAGUGAUUACGACUAUACUAAAACGAAAUCUUGUAGAAAGAGAGAGAGAGAGAGACGAAUUAAAGAAUCUAUUAAAAUUACAAAUAUCUUCCCUUCUCGCCCUUUUCAAAUAGGAACAAUGCGAUGUAACGAGCGCUGCAUAACUUAAAGUUAAUUAUAAGGAGAAGGGACGCAAAAAAGUUUUCCUGUGAUCAAUCUCAUUAAUGAUCUCUGCUAAAGAUAAAGAUUUCAUAAAAUUCUACUGAAUUCUGCGUGACGAUAUGCAUUAUCAGCUUGGCAACGUUAUUACAUCUAUGCGGUCCUUGCUGCAAAAAUGUAUGGAUUGUAUACCUCAUUUUAAUUUGAAACGCCGGAUCUUUCUAUCGUCACGGUCUUAACAUUCUCAAUUUUUGUACGAUUUAACGUUUCGAGACGACCAUUCCGUACUUUCAAAAUACCAUUCCGUACUUCUCUCGCUUUUCUUUCGCGGAAUAUGUCAUUGCCUUAAAUGCUAACAGAGCGGCUACUCCUAUAGCGAAUUUCUCAAGCCUCGCCGAUAGUUAGAGUCGAGGGAACCGUCUCGAUUCAAGCUCAACCCUGUUAUCGUGAAAUCGAUGUUAUUUAGAGGUGCUCAAAGAAGUGUGUACAAAAAACAUAAGAGAAACAGAAUAUAGAUAAACGACAUUAAAUUUGAUGGUAUAUUUAUUGAUAACGAGAGGCGUAUGUGCGGCAAAUAUACUUAGCAAAUAUACUUAAAAAGCUCUAUCGGGCGUAGAAAUGGAAAAUAAAUGCGUUUCUUAGCCGAUGCUCUUGUGUAAAUAAUCCCUCUAUCUUACUCUUACACACUCUUUAAUCGCGGGAUUAUAGUGAUACAUAAGCUUCUAUAUUGCUAUACUGUACUAUAUCAACAUAUAUGCAAUUGGUCGAGGGAGAAGGGGUGCUUUCGUAAAAACUCACUAUUGACACGCGCGAAUGUGUGAUUAUUUUUCAUUUUCGUGAAAAAAAGAAAAAAUCUCCAUGACUUCAGUUUAAUCGGUUUCGGAAGGGUUUUGUUAUACUUAAAAAGUUUUGCACUCAAAAACGUAAUGCACCGCAUUACAGACGUUACGUAACGCGAGACCACCACUCAAAGUCACAUUUUUUUAUAAUACAUUAUGCAUUAACGAAUAUUUAAUAAAAUGCACUAAGCAGCCCGCGCGCCGAGCAACCCCUAAUGUCGCCUAUGGUAAUUAGGGCGUCGUUGUAGCACGUGGCAACGUGGCGAGAUAUAAAAGCGAGCGCAGGGCCCUUCCCCCUCGUCCAAAACGAAACUUGAAUCCUCCUCUUUCGUACUUCCCGCUUCGAUCUAAAAAAAAAAAAGAAAGAAAGAAAGAGAACUUGGCUCCUAAAGAAAGCCUUCUCAUGGCGUGCUCGAGAAGUCGAGGUCAGAAUCAACGUCGAAAUGUACUCUCUUCGUGGCACACAGAACAUAAAACAACUUCUCUACCAACAAAACUACAGACGCGCGCGAUACACUCGUGCGACCGACGCGAGAUUCCUUUACGCACGCACACCCAUGCCACACGCAAGCGUACACACACACACACACAUACACAUACACACACGUGCAUACAUGCACAUGCGGCAGUCCUCUCUUGACUACUACAGGUCCUUCUACUCUCCCAUCUCGAGUGUCCUUGCACCUCCAGUGGUUUUAAGGUCAGACGGCCGGGAAAUUCCGGUCGAGUCGUCAUACGCCCUAAUUGGCAAGCUCGCCGCCGUGAAAAUGGCCACGCUCCCCCCUCCUCCCCCCCUUCUCCCUUCCGCUUUAUGCGGAAAAGUUUAUACGUCUCUCUCGCGCCAUCGUUCUCCUGCAGCGAUUUUCCCUUCCGUUUCGUCGCGCGAUUUAUCGAACUCGAGCCUUUAAUUACGUUGCAUUUUCCAAACUCCCAGCGGGAUAUAUAUAUAUAUAUUUUUUUUUAUCAAACUGAUAUCAAACCGCCGUUUAAUUUCGCCGUAAUAUGAAUUAAAGCGAGUCCCCCGCCGGUCGCCUAUAUAAAACCCAACAUUGUUUUAAUCCACAUCGGGCGAAUUCGCGCCUGUGUCAUUUUGUUUUAAUCUACGUUUGAUUUAACUUUAAUUUAGCCCGCGCGCAGGUCGACCGUCAUUUCGCUCCAAUUUACCUUUGAUUUAAUUGCAAUAUCCGGCCGCGCCGCGCCGUGCGCCUGCGACCCGUCGUUUUAUUUCAAUUUAUCUUUGAUUUAAUUGCGAUUUCCGUCCACGCCGUAUGCGUUAUUUUGUUUCAGCUCGCGAGCCGCCGCCGCGUAUCUGCAUUCGAACGCGCGUUUUCGAAAUCCUCAUUAACCAUAAUAAGCGCGCUUCCAAUGAAAUGCAAAAAAUCAAAUUUGUCGGGCAGAUAAAUUCCCGUUCGAAAGUUGGCGGAAUUAUGCUUACCAAUAACUGGUUGACAAGUCGGAUUAAAAUUAACGCUGUGUCCCGGGAAAGAAUAAAGCGCGAAUAACAAUCGAGUGACGUCAAACUAUCGGAAAGGGCGUAACGUUUUUUUUUUUUUUUUUUUUAAAUAAAAAAGCAAAUCUAAUUCGCGCGUCAAUUCGAUCUCUCCGCGUUCGUUGCGAUCGCAUCACCGCUGAUUGACGCGCGUUCGAGCGCUAUCUGCGCUAAUUGAGCGUAAUUUUCAGAGGACACGCGACACGCGGACGAACAUACACGGAAACGUGGGAGCGGCCUGUUCCGCGUCGACCGGGAAAACGGCGGAUAUCGCGCGAUACGCUAAACGGCGAGAGCAAUCUACUUGUCGCGCUCGUCGGUGACAGAUCGAAUCGGCGCGCUGGUAAAUCGAUAACUCUCGCACGUCGCGUGUGCGCGAACUGCGGGGAAAAACUUUACGAGGGUACGGGGAUUAAAGAGAUGAAAAUUGAAAAAUCUUUCUUUUUCUCCAUUUCGCGCGACGCGGUCCCGAUUAAUCGUCCGCGGACAUUUGGCGCGAGACUUUUCAGGGCGGCGAGAAUUUCCCAUCCGGCUUUUCCCUAGGCCUACCCUCUCGGACAUUCUUCUGAUGGAUCCUCCCACGGUGCAACGAAACGAUUCUCCUCUCAGAGAUAAGGUACACUGUGUUAGACACAGUUCAGAUAAACGCGCGACGCACUUUUGUAAUCCUUCCAACGAGGGCCUUGACAAAUUUUUUAACCGUUCGUUUUAGCUGCCUUAGGCAUAGGCGAGAGGAAGAGCAUAAAAAGGGGGCAAUUGAAAAAAAACAAAAAGAGCAACCGUUCAAGGAGAGAUAAACGUAGGGGGCAACGGUCCUUGGAUCCGAAAUUACAUUGCUGCUCUCUGUACUCUCAAUCGCGAUUGACCAGCGUGGCCGGUUUUUACGGCACCGUAGAUCGGUCGAAAGUCCAAAUGAGGCUAAUUGGGCCGUUGUCGGCCGAGCUAAACGAGAAAACAAAAAUUCCGUUGAUUACGGAACGUUUCAGAGUCGGUUGCACCGACGUUAACUAUGAUUGAGUGAAUGUACCGGUUCACCAUUUAUAUAUCACAGUAAGAUCUGCGAUCUCAAAGAGAAGAUAACGUCUACUGGAGAUUAAUGGAAACGAUGUUUAAACCGCGGAACGCCGAGCGUAUUUGUCGAAUUUUGUCGAAAAAAUGUACCAAGCAGAGAACGUGUUCCUCAAAGGAGGAAUCUAAUAUUUCAUAAUACGAAUACACAGAGCACAAAUAUUCUAGUUACGGUGACCAAAUUACAAACUAAAGUAAGCAGAUCUGACCUAAAGUUCCCGUCAGAUUUAUAGUGUAUAUCUCAAAAUCUUUCUCCGUUCACUUCGAACAUAUAUGAUUAUGAAGUGCGAGUCGAGCGCGCGUUAUAAAGUAACUGCAUCUCAAGAUCGUUAAUUAUGUUCUGUAACCAAAGUGUUGUAGGGUAAUGGCGUUAAUCACUUCGCGGUCGUCUGCAGGAAUUGCCGCUGGAAGUUAGCUGGAAUAUGUCAUAUUGGGGCGCUAAUGCACGUUACGUAAUUUACAUUGCAAUAUCGCUAUCAUCUAUCAGUGUCGUCAUAACACGAUUAUUAUUUACGAUAAUAUUUCGCUGGGUCGCAUGCACGCGGAGAGCCGGAUAUAGAUCCCUGACAAUAUCGAAAGCGGUGAAUGGAUCUGGAGUUCAGUAAUAGCGAGAAAAUGCAUGACUUAACACUGAGGUCCAAUUUAAUCCGUAACGUAAGUGUACACUAAUAUGACAUUUUCUCGAUUAUUAUUCCGGUGGUGUAUUGUUAAAAUUAAUAUUGCAGCAUCGCGCGGUAUUUCGAGAGAAGCCAUCAUCAGUUUAUACGCGAAUAGUCCUACAGCCUUUGGUACCGACGUAACAAUAAUUCGAUGCAACGUAUGCCAAUAAUGCUCAGCAAUAAAACGAUACUGUCGGGGAGUAUCGUAAGCAUCCCAGCAGGCAAAUUGAAUUCGCGUUGUACAUCCCCCCCGCCCCCCCCCCCAGUUUUCCCGGAUAUAUCCUAGAUACUCCUUUCCGUCGAUAAUAAAAUGCGCUUAACAGCACGCGACACUUAGAGAUCCAUGUGUUCAAACCCUAGUUCUUAGCGUUAAGUAUAACACGGCCAAGUACACAGCCAAUCGGCUUUUCCUAGCAAGUCAAAAACUGGCAGACGCGUAACAAACGAGUUGUCAUCUCUAUUGAAUCCUGGAGAUGUUAAAAUUUUAGAGGAAGAAACCAAAUGAGAAGCUUUAAUUUACCAUUUCUAUACCGCCAAGCAUAUUGAAAGCGCGCGGCUAAAAAGAACGAAAAGCAAAAAACCGUGACGGCGAAUAUCCUGUGAAUAUCCUACGUGAGUGUGUAUGUGUAUGUGCGAAUUAAAUUAUCACUUUCUCGAGUCAGAUCCGGAAGCUCAAGAGUUGACGAGAAACGAGAAAAACUGGCUUACUUUAUUAUUUAGCAUCGCCGAUUGAUCUUCAACGCGCAAAGUCACCGCGAGAGAGAAAGAUAUAUAUAUAUAUAUAUAUAAAAUUCCCGACGAAGCGUCGGAACCGACGGAUAUCGCGCAGCUCAAUAAUAAAUUCCGAGUAGAAAACGCCGGCGACGUAUCUCAUUUAUAAGUACAAGGAGAAAUUACGUCGGAUUACAAAUGUCUAUCGCGGCGGUGAACCGUUACCUCAUAUAUACGAUACCAUUCACCUCGAAUGGAAUUAUUCGCGUCACGAAUUGUGCAAACUUCCUCGCGCUGAUUACACGCUCGUUAUGACAUCCCCGCUGCACUUCCGGCCCGCGCAGUUUGCGUAUUGCGGCGAUGCAGGAAUCGCGAUUUGACUUGUGAGAGUAGAGAGAUCGGAAAAGUGACUUGAUUUUCGCGCGGGGAGAAAGCGAGCGAGCGUCUCGCGGAAAAAGUCGAAAGUCGCGGCGCCGAUGUAAUUAAAACAAAAAAAAAAAAAACAAAAAAACCAGUCGUCCACCGAUUGAUCCACCGGACCGAACACAAGGCGAGGGACAUUUUAUCGUGCCGGAUCGUAACGAGGAUGCGUUGCAACUGACGCCCGUUUGCAUUGUACACCGUAAGCAUCGCGAUACUUACGUGUAUACAUGCGGAUACUCUCACACACGUACCACACUCGAAUCUACAACACAAUUGCAAUUACGUACACGCGUACACACAUAUAUACAUAUAUAUUAAGACGACUCGACUGUAAAAGUAAUAUAUCGUUGAAUAACGUUAAUAUCAUCACAUCAAUUAGCAUUGGUUUCCAGUCACGUCCCGCCAUUUUCUUUCUGCCACCGUAUAAUAUAAAAAUAUGUAUAUAAAUAUAUAAAUAAAAAAAUAUAUAUAUAUAUAGGCGAUACACACAACGUCACGAGUACUAGGAAGUAGCGGUAUAAAGGACUAUUUAAACGAAAUCAGCACUUAAAGCAUAAUGUAUAAGCAGCAAAAUGAAGUAAACUAUUAUAAAUAAUGUUAUACUGGCUAGAGCUGGGUCCCCAGUCGGGCCAAUAUUCGAUAAAUAUCGGCGUGAAGGUCUCGAAUUCACUUUUUCUUUCUUCGAUUAUUUCCGACAUGUGCGAUACGUGCAUCUCGAUCAAACGGUCGGCUUCCGGUUCUAUACGUUCUUCCUUCAUUUUGUCGCUAAACGUGCCGCGAAUAUCAACUCCUCGUCCGUGUCGAUGUCUUUCCGAGUUUCAUUUGUUGAUUAUACGUGCGAUCGCUUAUAACUACACGGUACUGCAAGUAACAUGUGCAUGUAAAAAUAUCAAAUUUCUCUCACAGAUGUUUUCACAUUUCAAACUCCUUUUUCCAUCAUUUUAAUGUUUACUAAAUGUUUACUUAUUAUAAGUUCACAAUGAUGAUUAUGUUACAGAAAUUCGCGGUUAAUCUUAAUUAAACUUAUUUAUUUGAUUUAGAUAAAAGUUCUUUUUCCCUCUUUUUAUAUUUAAUUUUAUUUGCUAAGAUGACAAAAGCAUAUUAAAAAUAUCAAGAAUUCAUCUAUGAUAACGGUUGACGUUGUGCAUGAAUAAUGCAUCGACGUUAAAAAGAUAUCGUGAUAUUCAACGUUAAGAGAAACAGAACUAUUUUAGAUGCUAGUAGCAUGGAUGGAAUAUCGUUGUUCCCUCGAUGUUGAUUGGUAUCGACAAGUAAAUUUACAUGCUAUAUAUUGACUUUACAUAUAUCGUAUUAAAAUCGUAAUAUUUAAUAAAGAUGAUACACUUAAUUAAAAAAUCCAAAGUUAAUCUAAUAUUUAUCUCAUCAUUUCGAAUUUGAUUUUUUAGUUUUCAAAAAAUGUUUUGCAUGGAAAAAAGAAUUCGCUAUUGGAAAUGUUAACGAGUUAAAUUGUGUUUUUUUGCCAUACGUAAGAUUUAUCGAUUAAUACCGUGCGAAAAAAAGUUUCAGAAACUGGGAAAGGCGCCGCACGAACAUGGAAAGCAAUUGAUCCGUAAAUAUUAUACGAGCUUCUGUCGAAACGUAUACAAGACUUACGAUAAAACACAUGGAAAACGGAAACAUCUUUUAUGGUGGAUUUAAGGUCCAAAAGUGCGUUCGUAAAAUCCAGUCAAGCACUUCGUACCGAAGGAAACUUUAAGUAGAUAAUGGACGCUUAAGCCGGCCGAAGUUUCAAUGCCGGAAACCGUAAAGUAUUUACGGGAAGUUUUUGGAGUUAUUUAUUUUCUCUAAAAAAAAAAAAAAAAGAAGCGGCAUCUCUUCCCUAUCGUUCCCGAACGAUCUGAUUAUUUUAAUUACGUAACUUUAACGCGAACGUGUACUACGUGUAGUUUCCAACACAGACGCACCAACGAACACCAAAUGAAUUUUUUAUCGAGAGAGGAGUUUUAUUUAACUUAGUGAUGAACAAUAGAAAACCGAGCAAUUCGCGUCUUAACCCGAGAGCAAUAACGAAAUUAAUGCGGAGGAAAUUAAUUAGUGUCGAAUAGGGGCGGAUACACACCUCGCGCGUCGGGGGUAUACGCGACCAUAUACUUGUUGAUCGCGGGUGUAGUGUCGGGUCAAUAAUAAUAAUAAAUAUUUGAUAAUGUCUCGGCUGUUUUCGAAUUCCUCCCCCGAUGAAUCAUGCCGAUGAGAAACGCAGAACACCCUUUUUGAUACUUCAAAACGCGCGAGCAAUUGAGAAAUUUAUGCAUUUCGUCUCAUAUCUAGUCGAGCGAUCGGUUAACGGUCGCGCUCGAGUCAGGGCAAAGCAAUACUCAAUCUAGCAUAAUUUUACGUGUAAUGUCCAAGCCAAUGUACAAACGUUUGAGCCAACCCAAGCGCAGAAUUUCGAUGUUCCCCUAUUUACUUUCGCGUUGUGCUCGUGAUUCAUUAUUAAUUCGACGGCGCUAAGAAAAAGGAGAGGGAUAAAGGAGAAUAGCUGGAAAAUUGUCAAUAUAUACAAAUAUAUACGUAGUCAAUAUAUACAAAUUUAUUAGAACUAACAGAACGAUAUAACAGGUAAAAGAAAAAAUCAAUUUUUAAAUUUUAUUUGAUUUUCCAAAUCUCGUAAACUGUAAGUUAUCGGAAGAAGACGAUUCGCUAGUAUGUCUAAUAAUAUUCGCAAUUUAUCUGGUAUACAGCAAAUAAAGCGGAUAUAGAAUUUCUGAAAAAUGUGAAUUUCAAUAUAAAUCGCACGACGAAAUAAUUCGAGAAAUGCGACGCGCCGUGGAAUUGUCGUGUAAUCACAGAGCGCACAAAUUUUUCAUUGUUUUUUGCGUUACGCGAGGAACGUGACGAAUGCGACCGGAGGAAUCGAGUUCGAGAGAGGGAAAGGGGGAGAAACAACAACAAAAAAAAAAAUCGCUCAAGAGUGAAAAUGAGUCAAUAACGAUGAAAACUGAGUCAAUAAAACCUUUCAAGGAUGAAACCGAGUCAAUAAAAUCUUAAUAGGCGACGUAAUCGAUUAUAAUAGUGAUAUUAAGUACAAAGACGAGCGAGAGCAAGAACGAUUCGCGCAAACGGACUACGCAAGUGGCUGCCGAUCCCUCUCUCGCGGUGAUCCGCCCGAUCGAUUCCGCGCACGUUCCGACGUUGCAAGGCAGAGAGAAAGAGAGAAAGAGAGAGAGAGAGAGAGAGAGAGAGAGAAAUAGAUAAAUUUAAAAAAAAAAAAAAAGAAACGCGCGCGUUCACUCUCGCGCCGCACUUUCGGGAUGCCUUAAGCGAAAGCCGAAAAAUCUAGACUCGGUUUCGAAAAACUGUGUCUGUGGGACUUGUCGGGGCGUUAAUAAUGUUGUACAGUUAGAUGGUGUUUAGUAAGAGGCCGGUUCCUUGGAAAUUGUGAGGUGAUCACUUUUCGUACUUCGUGUCGUGGAAAUGUCUUCUACACCUGUCGUCGUUUACUGUGCUGUCCACUUUGUCUGUUAAGAAACACCAUACACGCGUGUCUUUCGUGUGCGUGCGUCACGUCUGUGUCUCCGCGUGUGUGUUAAGCAACCACCGGCUGUCCCGUGGUGUUAUCCCGGGGUAGGAGCGAAAUAAUUAGAAGGAACGUCGGACCACGUCGUUUUCCCCGUCGUUAAAAUUGUAACGCGCCACUCUGUGCGCGAGGUAACGCAUUUACGAUCGAUAAUGAACGGCCUCUCCUCUCAGCUCGCGCUGAAAUUGAUCCGCGGCACCAUCAAACGAUAGAAUAAAUAAAUGACAAAAUCGAUAGUCAGGGAGGAAAGGGGAGGGGAGAGGGUUAGUUGUGUCCGCGCGGACGCACCAAAGAGAAUUGCAAUAUAUCUGUAACUGAGUUACCUCGCGAUGUGACGCGCAAUCUGAAUUUGCAUUAACGAGGUCCCAUCGUCCGGCUCCACAACAAACAUAUACCGAAGCGAAUUUGCGCGAGGAGAGUUAAAUCGCGCAAUUCGAAUUUUCACCAUCGAAUUUAUUUAUAUCCAACAGAAACGCCAAUUAGCUUUAUACUUUUCAAAAAUUUAGCUUAAAGCCAAAAACCACUCCCGACACUCCGAUUUCGAUAUAUUCCAUAAUUUUGAAAUAUGGGAUAUAAUGGGAUUUACUCGUUAUCGCCGUCCCCACUUAGGCGGCAGAGCAAUAAAUUCAACGAUACGUUCCGCUAGUGGAAGAAAAAUGUAUUUUGAACGUGUGAAGCCGGACAGGAAACUCCUUCUGUCUAUUGCAAUAUAACUUUAUCGACACGAGCCACUUUUUCCACCUUUCAUCUUCUCAACACUCUUUUCUCGUACUAUUGGAAGCUCGCAGAGUCCAUGUUAAUCCAAUUAAACGUGAUCUUAAAUCGUUGUUAGUGAUAAGGAAUGGGAAGGAGAUACAACGAUUAAACGAAAGAAACAAAUUCUACAGAGUGAGUUUGCUCUCCUAGUAUAAAGGGGACAAAAGAAUGAGAGAGAGAGAGAGAGAAAGGGAAAUAAUGAGAAAAUGAGAGUGAGACAAAAGAGAGAAAGAGAGGGAGAGAAAGAGAGUGAUAGAGAAAAAAAAAAGAGAAGAAACAGAAAAAAGUGCCUAUACGCCAGUAAAUUAUUGUUUAGCGUGUUUAACGCGUUUCAUACGAGUACGGUCAGUGUCAAUUACAGAUUUGAAGGAACUGAAGACAACGUUGAGACAAAAGCAAUAACACGGCUCCCUAAUAAAACGGCAAAUCAUCUCAGCUACGGUAACGCGAUUCUGAAUUAUUAUUAUUCUUGUUAUUGACGGCGGAAGAAAAAACCAAUAGCUGCUUGUCGAACGGCAUGAAAACAAAUUUAUCCAAGUAACGAGGGCGAUUUUCACACUUGUUUUCACAAUUAAACGAGAGUGAUGCGCUCGAUAAAGCUAUCCAUCUUCCAUCUUUCAGGCUGGAUCAAUUUCAAAUGAUUUUAGACGUAUAAUAAUAGAAAAAUCCAUACAACAAUAAUUAAGCACAGAUUUCUGACACUCUGUUUUGCAUAUUUACAUAAUUAAUGAGACUUUACGUAACUUAUCGUGUGAGACCGUAGAAAGGAUUUCUUUUAAUCGGAAAUAUCAUCGUGUUUCUCAUCACUUCGUUUUCUCACAUCUGCGCGUUUCACCGCUCGAUUGUGAAAGAAUAUAUUAAGAGAUUAAAUUCGCGCUAAAGAAAGGAGAAUUCGCGCAAGUGGGGGAUCCAGCACGCGCUUUCGACGAAAAUCGUCCUCGUUGCUUCGGCGAUAGCGAAUAAAAACGGCCGCGACACUUUCAGGAUAUAUGUGAUAUCAGGUGAACCUUUACCUUACCUAUAACGCAUAUAGAUAUUGAUAUUGUACGUAUUGUGAUAGUUAUCCGUAAAAGCCCAACAAAAGAAGAUUCGCCAGUCCGAGCGAUCCUACAACCCUCUCCGCGACCCCCCCCCCCCUCACCCCAACCCAAUUCCGAGUACGACUGAUAUUUACAGGAUAUUGUUCCAAUUGGAUGCUCCCAAAGAAGCCGGGGUAUUCAAAAGCAAUAACUUCGUAGACGGUCGCGCGUCCUUGAUGUGGCGCGCGACCGAUAUAAUAUUAAUUAUUAAUUAAAGAAAAAGAGAGAAAGGGAGAGAGAGAAAGGGAAUGCGAGCGAACGAGAGUGCGAGAUGGAGAGAAUGGGACCGAGAACAGAUCGACACAAAUUUUCAAUCCGCAAUAGUUUCAAGUCUACGGUGACGUAGCCGAUCACGAUUAUUUACGUACGCGCGCUUAAAACGGUCGGAUAUUUAGCGGAAACGUGCAAAAAGAAACGAGAAUAAUAAAAUAAUAUGUCGCGCAUAAAAAGCAGAUCGAUUAAACGCUUGUGAACGAUAAAGAAAACCUAGCGAGUCUAAGGAGCACACGAUUAGUAGGAAAUUAAAGAGAGUAUAGCAUUAAAAAUAGCGUGAAGGGCGUGUUACGAGCGUAGGAUCCUUUGAUUUCAUGAAAAAUGAUAAUGGAAACGAGAUGCAUAUACACAAAAAAAAAAGGGAUUUACAAUUUCGCCACAGAAACAUGCACGGAGGAGAAAGAAUAAGGGAAAGAAUCACAGGAAAAAGAAAAUGGAAGGAAAGCAAAAGAAAUGUGCGUAUAUGUGAAGGAAUGAGUGUCGUAUGCUGUGCGUAUGUGUGUGCACGCACAGGUAUUUUGUAGCUUUUACGUAUUAAUAAGAGUGCAGUACACAUGCAAAACAUAAAGUUAACUAUAUUUAUAUAGAAAUAUGUUGACGCGGUUAUUACCGACGAAAUUAUAUCGAAUUAAUUAAAUAGGGCAGAGUGAUUAAGUUAAUCACGAUUAAUCGCGUGCGCACGUAUGAGCAGAGAAGAGAGAGAAAGAGAGAGUGCGUACUUUAGCAGUUAUAUAGUGCGUUUGACAGUAAGUCGCAAAUUAAGAAUUACGACCAUUACGGUUAUCAUUAUAUACAGCAAUGAUAACGACGAACAAUAUUAUUAUUAUUAUUAUUAUUAUUAAUAGAGGAGAAGGUGAUAUUAUGGUCCUUAUAGGUAUUAUGACCAUUCGUAAUAUCUUCAUUAUUAGAAUUCUAAUAAUUACUUAAUAGAAUUCUUUAUUUAGUAAUCAUAUCUUGACAUUAAUAUACCAAUAACAAAUGGCAUUUAUUAUAAAAUAUUUUUAUUUUUGAGCAUUUUCAGGGAACUUUUUCAGGGUAUAUCGUAGCAUUGAAUUAUACAUAUUUCUUCAUUGAGUGUACAUUUAUGUGUUAUUUGAAGGCAUUAGACAUUUUAUAAUUUUGAGUUUAGAAUUGAUUGAAUAACAUAUUGACAAAUAAGAAUAUUCGGUUUUUAAUUUAAAAGAUUAAUUAUUAACGAAAUUGUUGUACAAAAUGUAAAUGAGGAGACCACAAUUUACCACCUUCUCCUCUCUAUUACCAGCCACACUAAACUCACUAUUAUGAUUACUUAUUAAUUAGUAAUGAGGAAAAACUACCAAUAAAAUAUACCUUGCAUGAUUAGUAGGGCUACUGCCGCCGAAGCAAUACAAAGAGCAAUAUAGAGUUAAAAACGAGCGUAAUUAACGGCGUAAAGGUACUAAAGGUAAAUUAUAUUAUACCGAUAAUGGAAAAAAAAAUUUGUAGAUGACACACACACACACACACACACACACACACACACACACACACCGUCUACACUUUACACGCAUGCAAACACCCGCGACGUAUGCUCACAUUUACGCAUACUUUUUACACACACAAGCAUACACGCUUCACAUACAUAAAACACACACACAGGCAUACACGUAUAAUGUACACGUAUACACACAGACAUUAUGUAUGGCCCUUAACUUAUUCUGACCGUAGUGCUAAUUGUACUUAGCAUUUACGUAGAUGACACUAAUUGCCUAGAUCGACCAGCCUGGCUGGCUAAUUAAUUAUUUGCCGAUCGAGACUACUUUCGACGGGAAUAACGUUGGCGCGUUUAGCACGUAGAGAGCGACGAUAAUAAACAUUCCAGACGAUUGUAUUUCGCCUCCGAGGUAGUGAUAUAGUUAUUGUAGAUUGCUAAUGUAUUUCACUCGGUGCCUGUGACAGCUGGGAUCGCUAUCUGUGCUUAUUAAGAACCUCGAGGUUCUUUUAAUUGAAACUAAAAGAGUUGCAGGGAAAAAAGGAUAAUCGACAUUUCGAGCACACUUGUAGGAAACUAUUGUAUUUACAUCAUGGUGACAUUUUCAUUAUUAACUAUUUCACUUAUUUAUUCGUCCAAUCGUUCGAAUCGCUCUCUCGAGCAAAACGGAAAAAUAUGACUUCAAAUAAACUUGGUUCACUCGUCUUUGAACGGACGACUUCGUUAACGGCAGAAUUCAGAAUUAAAUCAAGUCAAUAUUCAUUAAUAAAUAUACAAAAAUUAAUUACAUUUAUUGUGAUUAAAAAUUUGGUAAAGAGAUAUCUAAGACGCAAACAAAAACAUGUAAAAAUAUUAUAAUCCUAUAGAUUGUAGUUUUCGUGACCUCAAAUACAUGAUGGCGUCAUUUCGAUUCCUCGUCUAGCCGUAAUUUAAUUACGGCUGAAUGAAUGACAGCAAAUCGAUAAUAUCCAAUAGAAGUUAUUCUUUGACUGAUACUUCGAUAAUGUUGAAGAUUCGAAAUUAUUCAGUCCCUUCAAAGACAUAUUUUACAUUGCGCCGAAUUUUUAAUCGCACAUUCUGAAAUUAACAAAAGCGUCCUUCGAUCGAGAAUGCAAAUCAAGGUGGAUAUCGUUAAAACCUGAAUUAUUUGUGCCGUCGAAGUGUACUUAAGCUCCAUUGAAUCGGAAAUUUUGUUAACGCGAGAAACAACGAUAAUUAUGGCAAUAUUGACACGUGACGUUCAUUAGCAACGUUUUGCCCGAUGCUCAAAAACGUCAUCGAUUUGUAUCUCACAGUCAGCGUUAAACUCGCCCGUUUGAUUUCUCUCAUUUAUCUUGAGAAGAAUUUAUGUGAGAAGAACGCGCGUUACGUCGCAAGCAAUCACGUUCAACCCUAAUUGCGAGAUAUGGAUCGCGGGCAGUUAUCGUUACGCAUAUUACAGUCGCUCGAGAAAUCUAUAUUGUAUAUCUCGUCGAAGACCUUCGUCAAACGACCAAGCUGUUCAUGGGUACCAGCUGGAACACGUAGUAUUAGCAUGGUGUGAAAAUGAUAGUGACGCUAGAUGAAUUAGCUUUAAGCUUCUUUCUCGCUAAGAGAGAACCUAUUAUUGUAACGAAUAUUUACAUACAUUUGUAUUAUUUGUAAACUAGCGCUAAUACAAAACUCCAAUUGUGCAUCGACACGCGAAACAAGACCUAAAAAAAAAAAAUAAAUCCAUUCCCCUGUGGCCCUCCAUCUCCUCAUCCAUCUUCCCCUAUCUCUGUAAACCUGCCUCCUACCGUCUAGCUCGUGCUCUAGCGGGCGCACUUUUUUGUAAAACUAGUUUGAUUUCUUCGUUCUCAAAUCUGUAAUCUUGCUCUAUAACGUUUCGUCUAUAUAUCUCUCUGUAUAUCGGGCCUUUUCUCCAAUUGAAGGAAAAUGAAUAAAUAAAAAAAAAAAGGAGGAAGAGAGACGAGAACACACAAGACCUUACCUAUCCCGACAUGCUUCUCAUAGUGUUGGAUGGUAACGUUACAAGAGACAAAAG